UUAUUCUAUAAUUCAAAAUUUUAAGAGAAUAAUGUUAUGGAAAUUUGAAAUGCAGAAUCAAUCUUCAUCACGUACAUUACUACAACAACAACAAUCAGGAGGAAAUUUAACACAACAGGAUGCAUCUGUUGUAUCAACCGCAAACUCACCAAUAUUUACACAACAGCAAAUAAAUGCGAUUGCAGCACAAACACAACAGCAACAACAAAAUAAUAACAAUAAUAAUAAUAAUCAACAGGAUCAACAAAAAGCGAUAAGACAGGCAUUAUCUCGAGCUGUAUCCCAUCCCCAAAAUGGCAAUAAUGUUGUUACCUGGGUAAAUACAUUGAUUGAAAAUAUGGGUGGUGGUCAUCGAAAAAUUGAACGUACACAAUCUGAACCAUUACCGCAGCAAGUUAAUGCAUCAAGAUAUAAAACGGAAUUAUGUCGACCAUUUGAAGAAGCUGGUGAAUGUAAAUACGGUGAAAAAUGUCAAUUUGCUCAUGGCAUGCAGGAACUACGUAAUUUACAACGUCAUCCAAAAUAUAAAACUGAAUAUUGUCGUACAUUUCAUAGUGUUGGUUUUUGCCCAUAUGGACCGCGUUGUCAUUUUGUACAUAAUCAAGAUGAAGCACGUUUUCAGCAACAGCAAGAACAACAACAAGCAAGAAUUGCAGCUGCUGCUGCUGCCGCUAUCGCUGCACAACGUAAUGCUGCUGCCGUUGCUUAUACACGUUUGGCAACUGUUGCAGCUGCUGCUGCACAACAACAACAACAACAGCAGACACGUCAACAAUUGAAUUUAAAUCAUUUGACAAAUUUAACAAAUACUAAUUUACAACAACAGCAGCAACAACAACAACAGCAACAAAAUCAACAUCAUCAAUUACCAUUAAGUCCACCAUUAAGCAUGUCAACUGGUUCUGAUCGUGCAUCACCAACUGGUUCAUUAUCACCAACAAGUUCAAUGGUCGGUUUCCCAUUCAUUGAUCAAAUAUCACCAAAUAGCAAUACAAUAUUACAAUCUCAACAAUUUUCAUUUAAUCCAUCGCCACCAUCUAGUCCAGCACAAACACCAUCUCCACCACCAACAUCUUUAACAUUAUCAUCAGCAUCAUCAACAACAUCUUCAUCAUCAUCUUCAACUUCAUCAACAGCUGCACAAUUAAAUUUAAUUGGUGGUGGUAAUUGUGGUGGUAUUAUUAUUAAUUCUAUGAUAAAUGGUACAUUACCGCAGCAGCAGCAACAACAACAGCAACCAACAACAAUAAAUGCACAUAGAAUUUUACAAAAACAACAUUCAUUAAAUCGCACUUCACCAAUAUCAAUAAUUGGUACAAAUAAUAUUAGUAACAAUAAUAAUAAUAAUGCAAAUAAUGUUAAUACAUUAUUAAAUGGUAAUGGUGGUGGAUCACCAAGUGAAGAGGCACGUUUACCAGUUUUUAAUCGUUUAAGUAAAACAAUUGAUGCUUUUAGUACUUUUAAUAUUUAAACAAAAUAUUUAAUAUUUGAGAAAAUAAAUUAACUUUUAUUAAAAUUUAAUUUGAAAAAAAAAAAAAAAAAA